UUAUCACCCAUGGUAACGUUCGCUCUGACUCAGCUCGUACAGCCUCACGGCUAGCUACCAACAACGCGAUUCUAACAUCGUUCCAGGUUCAAUCUUAUGCUUUGGGGUCUUUGUCGUUUAUAGUCGUGUCGAUAGUCAAUAUUGUGUCGUUUCGCGCAGAGUUCCUCCCGCCUUCUUGUCAAACUUAUGAACUUGUUUCACAGUCUGGCUGUGGGAGCGAGUGAAGGCGGUCUCCUCGUCCAAGACUGUCUGCAGAAAUGAAGAGCCAACAGAAAAGCCCUGAGCCAGAUGGGAGUGUUACCGUCAACGAGGAAGGGUCCGUAGCCACGGCAGAGGACCCGGCAGCCAUUGCAACCAUUCAGUCUGCUGCCACCUUCACCGACCAGCCCAUCAAGUAUCUCUUCAAGACGGAAGGAGCAGGUGGGCAGGUGACGUACCGAGUGAUCCAGGUGUCAGAUGGCCAGCUGGAGGGUCAGACAGACGGAGCCGCGGCGGUCAGCCUUGUCGCUGGGUUCCCUGCAACCACUCAAACUGUCACACAGGCUGUGUUCUCCCAGUCCGAGGGGUUGGAGGGAGACGGCAGCACAGAGACGCAGUACACCUACUACCCCGCCACCAUCGCAGACGCCACCACUGGCACCAUGGUGACCACAGUGCAGGCCUCUGAUACACUGCUGGGCCAGACCACACCCACAGGGCAGCUCUAUGUGAUGAUGUCACCCCAGGAAGUUCUGACGGGUUCCAAUCAAAGGACAAUCGCACCUCGCACUCAGCCAUACAUAGCAAAGCAAGAGGCUCCUCGCGCUUCCAGAGAUGAGAAACGGCGAGCGCAGCACAAUGAAGUUGAGCGCAGGCGCAGGGACAAGAUCAACAACUGGAUUGUGCAGCUGUCAAAGGCCAUCCCAGACUGUAACAUCGACUACACCAAGACAGGACAGAGUAAAGGAGGAAUCUUGUCCAAAGCCUGCGAGUACAUCAAGGAACUCCGACAGAGCAACCUGAAGCUGGGAGAAGAUAUCAGCACUCUCGACCGUCUCAGGAUGGACAACCAGCUACUCAGACAGGAGGUGGAAGACUGGAAAUCCAAGAAUCAGAUCCUGAGGAACCUCCUGCGACAGCAUGGCAUUGUGGGAUCAUCCAGCACAGAUCCGCAGUGAGAAGCCUGUUGCCAAUGUUCAGUGGAUAUUUGAAGACAACCAUGUAUGGGCCAAAAGAGUACUUGAAAUGCUUUGAGAUACUUUAUUAGUGGUCGAGUGUGCAUGAAACAGGAGGAAAUAAUUGAAUAUUGUCAUUAAUAUUCAAAUGCAGCUUCUUUGCUAAAUGACUCCCUUGAAUAUUAUCUUUGAAGCUUUUUACAGAAUUGAAAUUCUUUGCCUGGUGAAUACAGCCCAAUCAUAAGAACAUGAUGCGUCUGAAAAGAGAGAAAAAAUUCAACAUCAGCUUGAGUUUCAGAAGUCAAAUCAGUUCGACGAAGCCCUCAGUGAACGCCUUCCUCCACAAACAUUCUGAUUGUUCAUUAACCUCCAGUACAGUAAGCUCUAAAACAUGACCAACUACUCAUGUCCGUUUCUUUUUUCUUAACCUCUGCAGUACUGUGCUUCUCUGUAUCAAAUGCACUUAUGUUAAUGUCUCAGAAAAACAUUGUAUUCAUGCUUUUACUUGUUUUCACCUUUUAUCAAUAUCACUUUGACCAGUUGAUACCACGUUUGUCAUCCAGUUUCAUAGUUCUUUUGCUUUGUAUUUUUGUAUGUUUCUUGAAACCUCACCGGGGACAAUAAUUGCAUUGCAACAAUGUAACUAACUAAAUAAACAGGGGUUGGUAAGCAUUGCAUUGUAGGUAGGCUAUGUAUGUCUUUAUAAUAAAAAAAUCAAAUAAUAUACUGUACGUCAUAAACUUUCAGUUCUGUUUAUUAAAGUUGGUAAAUUGGUUAA